AGGGGCUGUAGGGAAGCUUAGAUGGGAAACAACAAGCAAGAAUCCAGGCUGCUUCAUUCAGUCAAACAGGCCGCAAUGUGGUUGUAGACACAGGCAUCGGGUGCAGGAUAAGCGAAUUAGCCUCAGGAGCAGAUUGCCACUGCAGGAUUUUCUCUCUUUAUCCAUCUUUCACCCUGAUCCUUGUCUGCAAACAAAUCCAAUUCAGCAGCACCAAAAAUCGUGACAAUAAAUGAGGACACACCAUGUUGACCAGCAUAGCAGAACGGAUAAUGUACUGCCUAACAGGCAAAACCCCAAAUUCUGUGGGUCCUGCAGACAUUUCAGAAACCAGCGAUGGCUUUGAAUUUCUCGAGGUGAAACCAGGCCGUGUUUUAAGGGUACGACACAUUUUGCCUUCUCGAUCUGGAGGUGGGGAGGAAGAAAUUGAGAAUGUGAAGGAUUCAGGCCGAGGACUCAUCCAUUGCAAGCGUCGAAUAACUGUCUAUCGCAAUGGGCAGCUUGUGAUAGAAAAUCUUGGUGCCACCCUUCGUUCUGAGAUCUUGCACUGUCGCAAUGGAAAUAAUGAACCUGCUGGUACAUUGGAAGUUGAGCUUUCAGAUUAUACCAGCACAGGUAAUGAAAGCACUGGAGGAAAGGAAAGUGAUUUACCACCUGGGAAGCGCAGAAAACGUAAACCGAAGAAAGUUGUGCAGGUUGACUGCCAAAGACGUGUUACUAGCUGCAAAGGUACACAUUCGGAUGUGGUCUUAUUCUUCAUUCAUGGCGUUGGAGGUUCCCUUGACAUUUGGAAAGAACAGCUGGAUUUUUUCUCAAAACUUGGGUAUGAAGUUGUAGCACCAGAUUUGGUAGGGCAUGGCUCAAGUACAGCACCACAGAUUGGUGCAGCUUAUACCUUUUAUGCCCUUGCUGAAGACAUGAGAAGCGUGUUUAAGCGCUAUGGCAAGAAAAGAAAUAUCUUGGUGGGACAUUCUUAUGGAGUCUCAUUUUGCACUUUCCUGGCCCAUGAGUUUCCUGAUUUGAUCCACAAGGUGGUCAUGAUUAAUGGUGGUGGUCCCACAGCUCUUGAACCCAGCCUCUGCUCCAUCUUCAACAUGCCCACCUGUGUGUUGCAUUGUCUGUCUCCUUGCCUUGCGUGGAGCUUCCUCAAGGCUGGCUUUGCUCGACAAGGUGCCAAAGAGAAACAGCUCUUACGAGAGGGUAAUGCCUUCAAUGUGUCAUCCUUUGUACUACGGGCCAUGAUGAGUGGCCAGUACUGGCCAGAGGGAGAUGAGGUUUACCAUGCAGAAUUAACUGUCCCUGUCCUGCUCGUGCAUGGCAUGCAUGACAAGUUUGUUCCACUCGAUGAAGACCAAAGGAUGGCAGAGAUCCUUCUAGUCAGUUUUCUGAAAAUCAUAGAAGAAGGCAGUCACAUGGUCAUGCUGGAGUGUCCAGAAACUGUUAACACUUUGCUUCAUGAGUUCUUCCUAUGGGAGCCAGAAAUGCAGAACACAAGUGCAGAAGAAGCUGUAAAUGAGUGAAGAGGGAAACUCGUAGCUGACCUUAUUGAAGAACAGGAGAGAUUUUCUGCUGCUUGCCCAAACAGCGACAUAAAGUCUAGGUUUGGUGAAGACGUCUGAUGGUCUGCAACCUAAUGGCCAAGGUUUUAGACUUUGGUUUGCAGUAAAGAUGGCGUCAAGGGAGAAUAUAGUUUCUAGCAAUUCAGAAACUUUAGACAAUACAGCUUUUAAAAGAGGUCGUCCCCAUUCGACCUCCUAUUCAGCCAUAAUAAUUUGCAGGACAAAUAGUGGUUGUUCAAGGUCCCUUGUGGGUAACACAUCAGAUUGACCAUCAUUGUAGAAUUGUGGUAUGUUACCUUUUAAAGAACCUUGCUGGUCUUAAGCCUGUGUAAGAGGGAUGGUUCCUCACGUGCUGAGAACCGGUAAAAGCUGAGAAUGCAGAAUGAUUAAAUAAAUUAUAUUACAGUCCACCUAUUGAAUAACUGGGGAUGUAGACAGGUGGUUAUGUCUUUAUUGCCAAAAUCAAUCUCUGGCAGAAAAACGGUUAAGUAAUGGUGUAUAUUUCAUCUCAUGUCAAACCCAGUGAAUAAUAUCAAAUUACUUAGAGACUAUGUAAUAUAUAAAUAAUGUUAAUAAUGUAUUUUAUUUAAGAUGACUGCCUUGUCCUUUCCCUUCUGUUAUGAACAUGGAGGUUGUUUGAUGGCAGUAUUACAUCAAAAUAAAUAUGUCAUUUAUAAGA